ACCAUGUUAUCAGCAUGUAAAGAAUUUAUUAAAAAUGUUACAAUUAGUAAUUUAAAUUUCAAAUUAAAUGUAUGUUACGUAGUAGUUAGACCAUUGGAAUAAUAUAACCAGUAAAAAGAAAAGUUUCAAUGUUGUCCUACAAAACAAUGCCAUUGUCUGAUGGUAUAGAUGGCUAUGAAAAGUUGGAGCUUUUGGGUAAAGGUGGUUUUGCAUGUGUUUAUCGUGCUCAAUGUCUCCGUACUGGUUGUCAAGUGGCAAUCAAAGAGAUUGACAUUUGGACGAUGAAAAAACAGAAUAUGAUUGACCGUGUACGCCAAGAAGUAAAAAUACAUAGUCAACUGAAACAUCCAUCCAUACUAGAGUUGUAUACUUUUUUUGAAGAUAGUAGACAUGUUUAUUUAGUCUUAGAACUCUGUCAUAAUGGUGAGUUACUUCAAUAUUUAAAACGCAGUGGGAACAAAUUAUCAGAAAUUGAAGCCAGAUAUAUUAUAAGACAAGUGGUUGAAGGUCUUUUAUAUUUACAUAAACAUAAUAUUGUACACCGAGAUAUGACAUUGACAAACUUACUGUUAACAAAAGAUAUGCGUAUAAAAAUCGCUGAUUUUGGUCUCGCAACUCAGCUAAAUUCUAGAGAUGAAAAACACAUGACAAUGUGUGGAACCCCAAAUUAUAUAUCACCAGAAGUUGCAACUCGAAGCUCACAUGGCUUAGAGACAGAUCUAUGGGGAUUGGGAUGCUUAUUAUACACAUUGCUUGUGGGGCAUCCUCCAUUUGAUACUGAUGCUAUAAAAAGCACUCUUACAAAAGUGGUUAUGAGUGAUUUUUCUUUGCCAAAUUAUUUAUCAAAUAAAGCAAAAGAUUUAAUAAAUUGUUUAUUAAGAAAAAAUCCAAGAGAUCGAAUAGAUUUACAUAGUGUAUUAAAUCACGAUUUUAUGCAAGAAAAAAUUAUUUGUGAUGGACCAUCUAUAUGGUUUCAUCAAUCACACUUUACAGAAGACAGUGGUUUUAAUACUAUUUCAUUUAAUAAAGAAAAAUGCAGUUCAACCGGAUUACACUACAUACGUUCUACCCAUAGUCCUAGUAUUGAAGUUACUCAUCAACCUAGUUCUAAUUUAAAUUUAUUACAAAGGGGUCGAGAUAAUUAUUUAAAUACAGAAAUCAAACAACAAGAAUGUUGUACAUCCAACAUUAUUAGUAGUUUUCAUAAACACAGUAGUAAUUUUCAAAACUUGUAUCAUACAACUCCAUCUCAGUAUUCUGGAAAUAAACAAUUUACAGUUUUUGAUGAUCAAUUUCUACAGUCAUUCAAAACUUAUCCAGAAAUAAGUUCAACUAAUAGCAUGGCUAAUCGUUUAACUACAACUCGCUUACAAAAACAUAGACAUAAGACUAAGAAUAAAGUUUUGAGUAUUUUAAGCAAUGGGGAUGUUUGUGUGGAGUUUAUUAAAAUGAAAUCUAAAUCUAAAGAAGAGAGAGUUGUAGAAGUUAUUCGAAUUUCAUCAGAUGGUCAACAUAUGGUUAUAUAUAAACCAAAUAAAGAAAGAGGAAUAGCAUUGCAUGAAGAACCUCCACCUAUACCAGAAAAAGGAGCAGAUGAAGUAUACAGUUAUGAAUCACUUCCUCAACAUCAUUGGAAAAAAUAUGCAUACGCAGCCCAAUUUGUAAAAUUGAUUGCUUCAAAGACAGCUAAAGUAGUUUUUUAUAGUGAUAAAGCCAAAUGUCUUCUUAUGGAAGAUGGUAAAGCAUUUGAAGCACAUUUUUAUAAUGGAUCUUUGGUUUCAAGUAUUGGAAAUGGAGACAUAAAAAUUAUUGUAAAUGGGAAAGCAAAAACUUUUAGUCGACCAGAUUGUUUAGAUGAAGCAGAUAAAAUAAUUUAUAAUCAAUUUAAAAAAUACUUCGAGCAUUGUUGUUUAGUUGAAAAAACAUUAUCAACUCUAGAUACAAGUGCUAAUAGUGGAGUUACAGUAUUUCCUGUUACAUUAGGAAGAAGACCUGUUAUAAAAGAUGAAUCUGAUAUAUUAAAAAAUUGUAAAAUUAAAAGUUCAUUUUUAAUUAAAUCUGGUGAAAUUUGUAUAACUUAUGCUGAUGGAUCACAAGUAAAGCUGGACACAACAACUGGUAAAGUAAAAUGUGAAACUACUCAAGGAGUAGUUAUGGUCUAUGAUCAAAAGGAUAGACAUUUACUACCUGAAUGGGCUAAAAGUUGUUUAAAAGAAAUUCCACAUUUACUUAAGCCUAAUGAACGUACAACAGAAAAUUGGAAAUGGCCAAAUAGAUGAUUAUGACGUUAAUUUUAUAUUACUAUUUCUAAUUUUGUAUUAAAAAUAAUUAUUAUUCAAUGGACGAAUUAUUUAGUAAAGACCAGUCUUCUGUUUUCUUAAUUAGGUAAUUUAUUAUCUAGCUUAAAUAGUCUAUGUUAGACGGUAGUGUAAUAUUUGUUACUUUAUUAAUAAU